UCCUCUGUACCAGAAUAAAUACUGUUGCAUCAGUAGCUGCGUGUGGUACAAACUUUUUAACCUGCGUAUAGUUUGAUUGUGUCGUGGUCUUGCAACAAUCUGGUGAAGAUGCCAUCUGUUCCUCCCAAUACUGAAGCUGGUGAACUUGUCAGUGAAUGUCCUGAGGCUAUCAAGCAUUUCAGCAAAUCAAAAGAGGGGCCAAAUCAAAAUGGAGAUACCUCUUUAGACAGAAAGUGGAUUCGCCCUGAUAAACCCAGCAAGUGUACCUGGAGACUGGGUGAGCCCCAGAAAGACUCUCCACACUAUCAUCAGCAGCUACCCAAAGUUCCCAUUAUCAUGCCAAGCAUAUUAAAUAAAGUGGGUGAUACUCCAAUGGUCAGAAUUAAUAAAAUCAACAAAGUGUAUAAACUGAAAUGUGAAAUGUUGGUUAAAUGUGAAUUCUUCAAUGCAGGAGGCAGUGUGAAGGACAGGAUAAGUGUGAGAAUGGUGGAGGAUGCAGAGAGAGCUGGGAUUCUGAAACCAGGAGACACCAUAAUUGAACCCACAUCUGGUAACACUGGUAUUGGCCUUGCUUUGGCUGCAGCUGUCAAAGGCUAUCGCUGCAUCAUUGUCAUGCCAGAAAAAAUGAGCUCAGAAAAGGUAGAUGUUCUCCGAGCCCUAGGAGCAGAAAUUGUAAGGACCCCUACAAGUGCCAGGUUUGAUUCUCCAGAGUCUCAUGUAGGUGUAGCCUGGCGGCUGAAGCAUGAAAUUCCGAAUUCUCAUAUCCUGGAUCAGUACCGUAACCCCAGCAACCCUCUGGCUCACUAUGACACCACAGCAGAAGAGAUUCUCCAACAGUGUGAGGGAAAGAUCGACAUGCUGGUAGCUGGAGCUGGAACAGGUGGUACCAUUUCUGGUAUUGCCAGAAAGUUGAAGGAGAAGUGCCCUCACUGCAAGAUUGUUGGAGUAGAUCCUGUUGGCUCUACCCUUGCAGAACCUGAGGGUUUGAAUGUGACAGAUAAGAGCUCCUAUGAGGUGGAGGGUAUUGGUUAUGAUUUCAUCCCUACUGUCCUGGACAGAGCGGUAGUUGAUAAGUGGUAUAAGACUGACGAUGAAGAAUCUUUUUCAAUGUCUCGAUUGCUCAUUAAAGAAGAAGGGCUUCUUUGUGGCGGAAGCUCUGGUAGUGCGAUGGCAGCAGCUGUUAAAGCAGCCCAGGAACUAAAGGAAGACCAGCGCUGCGUAGUCAUCUUGCCAGAUUCUGUGCGCAAUUACAUGACUAAGUUCUUAAGUGAUAAAUGGAUGUAUGAGAAGGGUUUUCAGAAGGAAGAGGAUGUAAAUAUUAAAAAGCCUUGGUGGUGGAAUAUAAAGCUUCAAGAGCUAAACCUGUGCGCCCCACUUACUGUGCUUCCCUCUGUUACCUGCCAGACGACUAUAGAGAUUCUGAAAGAGAAAGGCUUUGAUCAGGCACCCGUUGUGAACGAGUCUGGAAUUAUUCAAGGAAUGGUUACCCUUGGAAACAUGUUGUCUUCUGUUCUUGCUGGAAAAAUUCAACCAUCUGAUCCAGUCAGCAAAGUCUUAUAUAAUCAGUUCAAAAAGAUCCAUUUAAAUGACAACCUGGGUAAACUGUCCCGUAUCCUGGAGUUGGAUCACUUUGCGCUUGUGGUUCAUGAUCAAAUUCAGUAUCUUGCUGAUGGCUCUUCCAGUUUAAAACAGAUGGUGUUUGGUGUAGUGACGGCAAUCGACCUACUCAAUUUUGUUGCCAGGAAAGAGAAAAACCAUACUGACUGCUGUUAAAGGAUUUAAACCACCAGAGUCUUUGUCAGCUUGUUUCUGCUCUUUUUAGAGUGGUCCUUUUAUUUUAAGCUGAUCAUUUUUUUAAAUCUGUUUUAUUCUGCAAAUUCAGUGACAAUGUUGGUGUAGCUAAGGACAAUUUUCUCAGCUUUUAUGUUUUAAUUCAUGCUGAUUAGAACUAUCCUCUUGACAUUUCAGUUUUAAUAUUCCAAGUUUGUUGCUUUUCAUAGGAUAUAAAUAUGAAUACAUUCCUUUCAUUUAAAUUGGUGCAUAACCAAUUUGCAUCUAAUUUUAAAAUAUUUCUCUGGAUGGAAUAUUUCAGAAAGAAUUUGCUUCCAUCACAAAAAUAAAUGGCUUCACAAACGCAUCUAUUGCACCACAAUUUUUGUAAAGGCCUAAAAUAAACCACUAUGAUCAUUAUGUUUGAUUUGUCUUAAAUCCUUUAAGACCUGAGCAAGCUCAGUGCAAUAUUUUUUUGCUUCAGUUAUGUAACUUCAUGAGAAGUCAUAGACACAGUAAGAUUUACUACUGAACAGGCACAUACUGUAUUCUUAAGGCAGUCGGGUACUGUAUAGAUAAAUGUCCGUUGCCCAGUUCCAAGUCUGUAUUUAAUGAUACUGAUGGCACAGCUUCAGUGGGCGGUUAGUAGUCCACAAUGAGGCGUUUGUGUUCCAUAUUUCUUCAGAAUGAUUCUCUGGCAGGUAUUAUCAUGCUAAACAUGAAUAGCUAUGAAUGUAUCAAUGAUCUAUUCAGUCUACAAAGAUGGAAAGGAUGCUGAAUAUUCAAAGCUCCUGUGUCACAAUGCCACAUGGUUGUAGCUUUCUGAAAUUUGAGAAGUUAAAUGGGUCAUCCAUUUUUAUCUGUAAUGUUUGAACUUUCUUUUUUUUUUUCUGUUUGCAUUUAAUACCAGUUUGCAGGCAUACAGCAUUAAUUUGUAAAUAUGAAAUACUGCUUUGUGCUUGUACAAUGAUAUUGAUGAACUAUAUUGGUUUACAAAUAGAAUACAGUGUAUUAAUUUAUAUUGAUACAGUAUUCAAUUACAUUAAGUUCUAUUAAGUCUACCUAAUAAUAAUAGCGUAUAUAUUUGUUUGUGUGUAUAAUGGUGUUCAUGACAAAGAUUAUGGUGUUUUUGCCCUUAUACCAUUGGUAGAUAUAACCUGAUUUUUAAUGCAGCAUCUGGCUGUUUCAAAUUGAUACUCCUGGGUCUGUUGCAUGGUGGGUGAGGUGGAUUAUAACCAAGUAAUACUAUUUAGUACACCCACUAACCUACAGUAUUUUGAAGCAAACAAUUUGUGGAAAGCAACAGUAGGCACAAGAAAGCCCUGUGCAUACAGUAAAUGGGAAGCCAGUGUGUACAGACAACAUAUACCCUGUAUGCCAUUAAGAAGUAUUCAUAGACUGAUUAGUAUGAACAUACUAGGUAAUAUUAUAAAGUAUAACGUGAUGGCUGGUUUGUCACUUCUCAGCCAUUUCUUGUUUUAUGUUUACAAACUGACUUGGCAGGAAUACUAACUCUGUCUAAGAACUCCAGAACAGACAUAACUAUAAAGCUACGAAUAGCCCUAGAGGUUUGAACUGUGUCUUUCAAGUUAUGGCUUCAUGACUUGGGACUGUCCAAAAUACACAAGUGCCAGUUUACAGUCUGAGAAAGUACUUGGCACUGUAUUUAAGGCAUCUUGUACUUGGGUGACCGCCGUCUGAAGAAUUCUCUAUUUUAUCACAAGACAACUGUGGUUAGUAAUAUUGGAGUGUAGGGAAUGUCAGGUUAACCUCAGAUCUCCAAAUAUCAGCUGUGGUGUGCACCUGAUAUAUACAGGUAUAUCUAUGACUGUCCAUAUGCAGGUCUGUUUCCGGCAUAGCCCCACAGCUACCCCUCUGACCAUGUACUGUAACUGCCUCUGUUGGCCAAUGUUGCCACAGCAAUAUCCGUGACAGUUGGACUAAUAUGCAGUCACAGGAGCAGUGUUGUAUUGACUCACUGGCCUAAGCAAUGUAAAGUUUUGAUGGGCCUGUCACUUUUUGUCUGAGGUACUGAGAACCAGCUGUUUCCUCUCACUGUCUGCUGUGUGGUUUGUCAGGUCACAAGCUGCAAGACUAUAGCUAAACUUGUUUUUUUCUGUUUUCAAUGAGGCUAUGAUCUUUUCAGAUUUGAUUUAGAGGUUGAAAUUAUUGUAGCUUUGUCAAACUACUGUACAAAUCUGUAUUUUAUACUUUGCCCAUUUUGUCAACUGUUAAUCUAAAAGUUGUUUACAUCUACCUUUAUGCAAAUGAUUUUUAAAAUACAGCAAUCAUUCAUUUUAUUUUAGAACUAAAGGUUUUGCAUUAUCUUUCUGUUUUGGUUUUGCACUAAUUGAACUAGCAAAAGGCAAAUAAACUGAUUAUACAUUCAA